AUGGAGCCUCGGGUUGGCAAUAAGUUUCGGCUGGGUCGGAAGAUUGGUAGCGGUUCGUUUGGGGAGAUCUAUCUUGGGACUAAUAUCCAGACUAAUGAAGAGGUUGCUAUCAAGCUUGAGAACGUGAAGACUAAGCACCCGCAGUUACUAUAUGAAUCAAAGCUGUAUAAAAUACUGCAGGGAGGAACUGGGAUUCCAAAUGUUAGAUGGUUUGGAGUUGAAGGAGACUAUAAUGUUCUUGUAAUGGAUUUGCUGGGGCCUAGUCUUGAAGAUCUGUUUAAUUUCUGCAGUAGAAAGCUGUCACUGAAGACUGUCCUGAUGCUGGCAGAUCAGAUGAUUAAUCGGGUUGAGUUUAUCCACUCCAAAUCUUUCCUACACCGAGAUAUUAAACCUGAUAACUUCCUUAUGGGCUUAGGGAGGCGUGCAAAUCAGGUAUACUGUAUUGACUUUGGACUUGCGAAGAAGUAUAGGGACUCAUCUACCCACCAACACAUUCCAUAUAGAGAAAACAAGAAUUUGACUGGAACAGCCAGAUAUGCAAGUAUGAACACUCACCUUGGUAUCGAACAAAGUAGAAGGGAUGACUUGGAAUCGCUCGGAUAUGUUCUUAUGUACUUCUUACGGGGAAGUCUCCCUUGGCAAGGGCUGAAAGCAGGCACCAAGAAGCAAAAGUAUGAAAAGAUCAGUGAAAAGAAAGUUUCUACCUCCAUAGAGGCUUUAUGUCGAGGAUAUCCCACCGAAUUCGCAUCUUAUUUCCAUUUUUGUCGCUCACUGAGGUUUGAUGACAAACCAGAUUAUGCUUACCUGAAGAGAAUUUUCCGUGACCUAUUUAUUCGUGAAGGUUUUCAGUUUGAUUAUGUAUUUGACUGGACAAUCUUAAAGUACCAGCAAUCCCAGCUAGCCCACCCUCCUUCUCGUUCUCUUGGUGCUGUUGGAACUAGUUCGGGGAUGCAUCAUGCUAGUGCCAAUCUAGAUAAGCACCAAGGUGAUGAAGAUGGCGGCGGUAGGCCUACUGGUUGGUCAUCAGGUAAUCUGUCUCGUAUGCAGUUGAAUUCGGCAAGUUUCUCUAGGCAAAAGAAUCUUGUUGGCAGUGAAUUAACUGGUAAAGAGCAAUCAAGUUCUGCGUUUCUCCGGGCAAGUGGUUCUUCAAAGAGACCUGCAGUCUCUAGUAGUCGUGACCCUGUGGGACCAGCUGCAGUCUCCAGUAGUCGUGACCCUGUGGGCAAUGAACUCGAAUCGUCACGAACACGUACAGCCGGUGCCAGCCCAGGAUUACUUCGUAAAGUUCCUAGUACUACACGAAGAAGCUCUCCAGUUGUAUCAUCCGAUCAUAAACGCAGUUCCUCAAACUUAAAGAAUUACGAAUCCACCCUCAAGGGUAUGGAGGGCCUAAGUUUAAGGAAUGAAGAAAGGUUGCACCUUUAG